AUGUUUUGCUCCUUCCGUCUUCUCCAUGCCCUCGCCCUCACGCUGAUUCUUCCGGCGCACGGCAUCCGUGUGGAGCAGGAGGCAAGGCCGAGCACGCCGAGUUGGAGCAACACUUCAUCCGAGGAGCUCCAGUUGAUGCUGCUGGAGCAGUUGGGGGCCUUGAAAGCCUCCGAGACACGGGGCUCAAGAGACGCCGAGUCUUUAAAGGCGCUGAUCACAAAAGUCCGGGUGGCCUGGGCGGAGGGAGAUGCUUCAGGCUGCUUCCAGCAGCUUGGGAGCAUGAUGGCCAACCUGACAGUUGCCUGCCAAGAACGGAACCCCACAGAGCAUUUCGUCUUCCAGUUUUAUAGGCCGUCGCUCCCAAAGAAGACAUGUGAGGAGAGUGUGGACGAUAUCUUUGUCCAUGGUCGUGCUUUAGUUGAGGCCAUGCAAACCUCCAAGGAGGAUCUGGCUUCUCUGACGCUAGACGCGAGUAAGGCUUCCACAGUCCAGGCGCUGUACUUCCUGCGGGCUUGGCUGACUCCGCUCGCCCGAACCCAGAGCUCCGCCCUGCUUUGGGCAGGGUUUUGGGACGCCGACCCCAGGAAUCGUACCACCAUCGAGAAGUUACAUGAAUUUGCCACUGCCACAGACCACGCGACCGUCCAUCCGGACAGCUCGCUGGGGCAGGUCAUCGACAGCAACGAUGAGCUGAAGGAUUGUUACAAGGAGGAGACGCGCCAGCUGCUGGCGAACAUGUGGGCGAUGGCCAGCAUGAGCUUUGUGCUCAGCAUGAUGGAGAAUGGACAAGGCACCGUCGUCGCGCUAGUGAACAAGGGCAUGGAGGGCGAGCGGGCGCUUCACAAGGCCGUGCUUUAUGAACACGAGAUUCCCACACUGGGAGUGGCUGCAUAUGGACUCGGGUACUGGUCGCCCCAAGUCCUGGUUAUCGACCUGCAGGGCACAUGCUCGAAGACCAGCCCUGCUCUCCAGCUGCAGCUCGCCUCGCGCUUGGGUGCGUGGGCGACUUCCAAGCAGAAGAAGCAUUGGCGUUUGCAGGACUUCGUGCGGCGAUCGCACUUACACUGGCGAUGCCUCGACUGCUCAGAAACCUGCAGUUUGGACGCUGCCUUGGCCAAGCAAGUGAAGCAGCUGGUGGAGGAGAAGCAGCUGAAGGACCGGAAGGGCCGAGAGCUCUUGCGGGCGGUGAUGAACAAAAGCUUGAACGAGGUGCACUUGGAGCGGGAGGCGGAGUUGGAUAAUGAAAAGCACAUGUUGCGGACGUUGCAUGCGAGGCUGGAAAGAGAGCAGCGCCAUGCGGAUGAUUGGAAGGCGCUGGAGUACUUCUCGACUCUCCGCAGGGAAACAACGUUUCUGCAUUAUCUGCAGUAUCAGAACGGCCACAGCCGGCCUUCGGUGACGCCGCAGGUUCUGCUCGAGGAGAACGCAGACGUCAAUACAGCAGACCGCGCCGGUCGCACAGUUCUUCGCGCAGCGGCCGAGGCGGGUCAUGCGGAGGUGACCGCGCUCCUCCUGCAGCACCACGCAGACCCCAACCUCCCCGACGAGGGCGGCGACUUGCCCCUUCACAGGGCUGCGGAUCAUGGUGCUUCGGCUGUGGUAGCAUUGCUCCUUGAGCAUAGGGCGGAGGUGAAUCCCUGCAAUGAGCGAGAAGAGAUGCCCCUGCACUAUGCUGCCAGGCAUGGUAGGCGUCAGGUCGCGGCAUUGCUCCUGGAACACAAGGCUGAGGUGGAUCCGCGCGACUUGCAUGGCGAAACGCCCCUCCACGAGGCUGCCCGUUCUGGUCACGUGGAGGUUGCGAUGCUGCUCCUUGACUACAAAGCUGCGGUAGAUCACCGUGAUGAUCAGUUCGGCACAACGCCCCUUUAUGGUGCUGCAGAAAAUGGUUUCCCAGAGGUGGUUGCACUGCUUCUCGCUCAUAAGGCUGGGAUAAAUGCCCGUGAUGAUCAGCUCGGAAGAACGUCCCUCUACAUAGCUGCCGAACAGGGCUACUCGGAGGUAGUCGCCCUGCUUCUCGAUCACAAAGCUGAAGUAGAUUCCCGUGAGAAGCAUGGCGGAACGCCGCUCAGUAUUGCUGUAGAUAAAGGUCACGCAGAGGUGGUUGCGCUGCUUCUCGAUCAUAAGGCCGAGGUGAAUCAGCGACAUGGCAUUUUCGACAAAACGCCCCUCCACGUAGCUGCCCAACAGGGCUACUCGGAGGUAGUCGCACUGCUUCUCGAUCACAAGGCUGGGGUGAACAUCCUCGAUGACCUCGGCAGCACGCCUUUCGAUGAGGCGGCUGACUCAGUGAGGGGCCUGUUUCAGCAACACGGCGCGACACAACCCCGGAAGUCAAUCGAUGAGCCGGAUUUUUAG